CACACGCACACUUUAAUAAAAACUAGGCUGUAUGGGCAUUGUUUCCUUUGCUUUCUCUAAAAAGGGAGAAUCUUAACUAAAAAAUGCUCUCUGUCAGUGUCACUGUCAAACGGCCAACGCCGAAUGGAUAUUAAUUUUCUUUUACGAUUUGAAAACAUUUGAUUUGAAUUAUUGAAAAUAGAAGUAUUUUCAUUAUAUUUAUAGUGUUCUAUUACAAAAAUGCCUGAACUGUCGUUAACAGAUUCUAUCAUCACGUCUCUCAAUGAAAAUGUAAAGCUGUUUCAGCCAUACGAGGUAGAGCAAAUACUUCUGCCAGAUAAUGCAAGCUGCUUAGCCGUCCAGGCUUUCCUGAAGAUUUGCAAUCUCCCAUUCGAAGUGGAGAUGCGUUGGAAUGCUGAAUUCAUGUCGCCUUCGGGCCGGGUGCCUUUCAUUAAGUGCGGUGCCUUCGUUGUGUCCGAGUUGGAACCUGUCGUACAGUUUGCGGCCAACAAGGGCGUCACAUUGUGUGGUCGACUCAGUACGGAAGAAAAAGCAGAAAUGAGGGCCUACAUGAGUCUUAUAACCAAUGUUUUGGUCAAUGCAGAGCUCUACAUAUCCUGGUUGGAUGAAGAAACCUUCAACGCCGUCACUAAAGUGCGUAACUCGUCAGUGUAUCCUUGGCCCCUUGGAUGGCUUCAAACCAGGGCCAAGAGGAAUGCUGUAGCUAAACGUUUGAAAGCUUUGAAUUGGCACGACAAAACACUGGAACAAGUGCUAGCUGAUGUGGAGCAAUGUUGUAGUUCACUCAGUCAACGCCUUGGAGACAGAGACUACUUCUUUGGGACUUCACUGUGCGAAGACCACUGCGAUUUUAUGUCGGAAUUAAUGGAUGAGAUAAUUGAUAAAGUUCACGAAAUCGCCAACGAAGAUAAGCACGAUUUCGAAAUGUUAGUCUAUCCAACUGAAAACUGUGACGACGAUUGCACUCGUAUAAGUAGGACCAAUGAUUAUUUGGACACUAUUGAUGAAAAUGAUGAUUUGAACGAUAACGAUCCGUCGAUACGUAGUCCAGAAGUUCGGUUCACUAGUGACGCCGAUAGCGAUGGUGUGGUAAAUGAUAAGCUUUUGGGUGAAGAUGUUGUCGUCAACGAUGAUUACCAAACUGUUAGUGUGAGUCUAGAUGUCACUGAAUCGAGGCCAACGGAGCUAGACGCCCUGGUAUUCGGUCAUGUCUUCACUAUUAUCACAACAAGACUACCGUGUCGCAAACUAGCGGAAGCUGUAAGGAGGCAUGAGUCCUUAGUCUCUCUGGCCAAACGAGUCGACGAGAAAUACUUCAAGAGACCAUAGCGCGAAGUCUUCAAGGACAUUUCUACGGUUUUUAGAAGUCCUUGAAAGAUCCUUUGCUUUAACGUGAAACGGGGUCAAGACAUUUUUCCGAAGACGUUUUGAGUGUGUAAAAGUGUUUUCCGGGAAAAGAUGGUUUGUUAUUAAUAUGAGGACGUAAACAGUACAGUGCGUGUCUUGUUUUGCAUUUGAUUCAAACUAUUCCCAAUUGCCCCUAUUUUCCUGACAAAAUGAGUGCUAUUGGAAAUAGUAGUAUAAAAAAUAACCAGAAUGUAUUUAGAUGUAAAAUAAAAGUAUUGCUGUUGUAAAUAGGUAUAAGUAGCAAAUAAAAAAAUAAUUAUUUUUACUAUCAAUAAAUAGAAUAAUAGUUUUGAAGAAGAUUUAGAUUUUCUUUCUUUGACACAAAAAUCCACUAAUUAUCAAGUUACAUGUUAGUUUAAGUAUUUCAUAAAAUUACUGACAUUUCGGUUUUAUUUGCAAAUGUACCGCACAAUUAGGCACUAGUGACGCAGUUAAGUAUAAUUAAAUAAGGUACUUAUCAUUAAGAUUUUUAGAAAUUUAUUAGCACUAUGUUCGCCUGCUUUGGUAUGAGAUUCGUGUACAAUCAACAGUUAUAAAAUUAGUUAGAUAACUUACGAAAUUGUACUUAUCAAAAUUUGGUUUUAUUCAGUAGGUCAAAACUUAUUAUAGAUAUUAGUAUAAUAUCUAAGUUGAUGGUCUGCUACAUUGCAAAGAUAAUUAUGGGUUUACACUAAUACUAAAUAUUUCGGGUGGUAAGGGGAGGCCGACUGGUAUGGCAAGUAAAAAUACCUAAAUUUCAACCCAGCCAACCAUUUAAUAAUUAUAAAAAAAUUCAACGAUAUUAAAUUCCCUAGAUACAACAAUACGAGCAAAAGCAUGACCGAAACCUGUCCAAAAGGUAAAUUGCACGAUCCACGGAGCUCCGUAAGAUGACCGCGUCGUCAAAAACAAUUUAAGGCAUUAUAACAUUAAAAGUCACCUUAGAUGAUGUAUAAGAUCUUAUUUAUAAUGCAUGCGUCAAAGAGUUAUGACAAAAUAGUAAUUAUAAAAUACCCAUCCGUUGUUAAAUAUCUGUUAAUGUGGUUUCAAUGUAAACUUAAUCCAAAGGACUUUAAGCUUUAUAUAAUACUAAGAAAAUUCGGAUGAGCUUUUUAAUGCUGUAGAAAUCUGAUAUUAUUUUUUUACUUCAAAUGAAAUUGAUAUCAUAUUAUUAAAUAGUAUAGUCCGUUUUAAAAGGUUUGAAAGCGAAUGUAUCCCGUAGAUUUUAAGCAAAUCAAUUUCCUAUUACUAAGCUGUCUAUGGUCAGUGUUGCCUACUUACCUUUUUCAUUACCUAUCUACAUUUGUUCUCAUGGGUUUGAGAGCAAAUUCAGGUAGGUAAUGAAAAACUGUAAAGUGUUAUUCUGUAUGGUUUGAUGAUUUUUCAUUCGAACUGCCAAGUAAAAUUGUCAAAAUUCUUUUUGGCUAUUUUCUCUUAAUUAUUUUCGAGGAGGUUUAUUUAUGGUUGUAAUCUUUUGAAGGUGCUAACUUUAAAAGUUUUGAUUCUAGACUGGUUAGGCAUCUGUUCUCUGUCUGUUUGCAGGUUCGACACCCACCUGAUAUAACUUUUAUUCUAAUUAUUUUUAGUGACUCGAUAUCAGUAGUCAAUAGUUUUAAGUACAUAUUUCAUGAUUGUAUUGUUUAAUGAUGCAGAAUGUUUAAUAAAUUACGUUGAAUGAUUAGAAUAAAUUGUUUUAUUGUUGAAAUAAAAAUUGGAAAAAACUGCCCCUACCGGAGCACAACAACUGGCUCUUUCUGUACAAUAUAUUAUAACAAAAUAUUAUUUUACGAUGACGAUAUGAUUUCGGAGCUGUUAAAAUUCUUGCUUAGGCUUCAGUAUUGCUAAAUUAAUAAUAUGGGAAUAUAAGUUCGGCCCUUCGGACUCCAUUACCCCGUAAUGAUGCUACUAAACAACCGUAAUAAGAAACAAAUUUAAUGCUUCAUUAAAUCACGUGCCUCAUUUAAUUAUUAUCGAAAGAAAAUAACAAUCAACUUCAGAUAACUGGAAUGAAGUCUCCUGAUUGUAGCCGUAAGUAGUAUUGCCAGGUCCAAUUGGUGUUAAAUCGGUACAUGAGGUAAAAUCAUUUAGGGUUGCAGAUCGGGACAUUAUACAAAGAACAAGGGGUUUUUAAGUCUUUAAGUUUUUAAGUCGUUUUAAACUAUUAGUGCAAGUAUAGUAAUAUAAUAAUUACCUAAAUUUCAUUUUUUGAUUAACCGGGACAUUAUACAAAUCGGGACUCCUGGCAACACUAGCCGUAAGCUACAACUAUGCUUAUGGGUUCUAAAUUUCAACAUUUUAUUCCACUACUUUAUCUGCUGUUCCCGACUAAAUUCCAAGUCCUAUUUCGAGAGGACCUUGAUGGACCUUUUGUUUUUCUCAUUUGGUCGGUUAGAUUCUAGACAAGGAUUGCCAAAUUCUGGCUUAUAUGGAAAUAAAACGUCAAAUCAAAAUAUAGGUCUGUAACGAAUACCUUUAAAAGGCUACCGUCAAUCAAUUUUUUGACACUUGCAAAACAUCAAACAGGCCAGCGGCAGCGGUAUUAUUCGUUACUAGUUUAUUUUGUGAAAAAACUAGUGUUUUAUAAAUCCGGGACAAUAAGGUCCAAUUACUGUACACGGGACAAGACGCAAAAUCCGGGGCAAUCCCGGAUUCCCGGCCAUCUGGCAAGCCUUUUCCAGACCCGUUUCCUCGUAAUUCUAUUCGUAAUGAUUCAUUUUCAUGUUUCCUUAUGUGAAGUCUGAAGUAUAAUAUUUGUAAUAAAAACAAAAUCUAAACAUUUUUUUACUAGAAGAAAUUCAACAAGGCAAUGCUGCAGACAGGAAUCGAACCUGCGUCUUUUGCUGAACGGGCGGUCACAGUAACGUGUAAACGUAAAAUAAAUAAAUAGACCAGAAAGUUUAUAUGUUCAAUAAUAAUUGCAACAGUGAUUAUAGCGGAGUAGGAUUAAGAGGAACUAGGCAUUUAAAAUUUAAUAAUUUAAAUUCGCAGUAGAACCACGAGGAAUGGGUCUUCAUCCUGGUCCCACUAGUAGACAAAUCUUUUGUUCGCACUUAAAUUAGUAGGACCACGGGUGAUUCCAGGGCUGCACGGCGCGGCGUAUCUUUCCCAUGUGUUCUACCAAUAGAACAUAUAGGACAAAACAUCCUAUGUGUUCUACCACUUGAACAGAAAGGAGUCGUACAACAAAGUGUUCUAUUAGUAGAACAAGUAGGGAUUAAUAUGGCUGGAGCUGUAAGUUUUUCAUCAACUAGGUACCCAACUGGACUCACACUUAACAUCAUAUAAUUUGUUGCGCCUUGUAUAAAACAAAUCAUGGCAAUUUGAAUAUCCAGUGGUCUCUUCAAUAUUUGUAUCAGUAAUGUGGUCAUUUUAAACAUAGUCUUGAAGUAGUAGUACUGCUAACGAGAAAGAUCAUAUUUCCACAUGGUAAUUCAAAUCAGGGCUGAUCUUUGACCAUUCAAAAUAAAAAUACAAAGUUAAGUUGCGUUACAAUUUUUAUUUGGUUUCCAUCACAAUACAGACGUUUAAGUGUACCGCACUCACUUAUUCUCAUGAUUUAUUUCCAAUGAGAAUCAACCAUAUACACGACUUAAAACUUAUCUCUAAAGCAAUUUCAUCAUCUAGCAAGGUGGUAAAAUUUCACUACCUUUACAUUCGUUCGCGUUCACAACAAAAAAAGUUACUUUAUAAAAUAAAUCACUAUUCUUUUUCUAUAUCACACAUACCUAAUACCUAUUAUUCUGUUUUUUUCCGGACAGUUAAUUUCUCCAUACCGUUCCAUAGACAAACAAAUAAAUAGCAAUCGAACAUCAAAUAACUAAAAGUGUUGCCAUUCUCGCACCCGCCGCACGUAGGUGAAAAAUGGUAAAACACAUGAACAUGGUUGGUAUAAGAUUUGUUUAGUUUAUUUCAAUCUUAUUUCCGUGUUGGAGCUUGUCGUUUCCUGCUUGGUUUAGAUUCGCCUGGUUUGGUGAAGCACCAUCUGGCGGACGCUGAACGUGGAGAGUCCUAGACCUAUUGCAGCCAAAGCGAAUGCGGAUCUGGACAUCAUCUUCUCACGGUUCGCUGGCUGGAAAGAAAGAGAAAUAUUUAAUUAAUACAUGAAAUAACAAAAUAAACAAAUUACAAUGACCUUGAAAAAGUUUACUCUUUUGACACUAAAAAUAUCGAAUUUCGGUCAAUAGGCGGCAUUAGAUCCUUUAUGCCCUUUUUUUUUAUUCUCUAAGCUGCUUAGCGCGAAGCCGCGAGAUCCUUUAUGCCCUGUCGCCCCCGUAAGAAUAGGGAUGAUGACGGGGUACAGUAAACGAAAUUCUAUUUAGUCCGUCAGUUAGAUGAUCAAAAAAUAAUGGACACGUAUUUUUUCUUUGGGCAAUCAACCAAAAAACGACAAAGUUAUAGCGCGUCAAAGUUUGGGAGUACGGGCUCGUGACGUCA